AUGGAGGACACUGAAGAAUUCAACAGUAAUAACAACAGGUCACGACCACCGGUGCAGGGCCAAAGAACUAUGAGAGAGCUUCUAAAUCCUCCCAGGUUGAGCACACCAUCGUGUUUUAUGCUACCUCCAAAUCAUGAUCAUGUUACCAUUCGGCCUCAAGUGGUGUCUCAACUACCCAUUUUUAGGGGGACAGAAAAUGAAAAUCCAUACUCUCACAUCAAGGAAUUUGAGGACAUCGUUUCAAUUUUUCGAGAAGCCAACACUCCUUUGGAGAUCUUUCGCAUGAAGCUAUUCCCCUUGUCAUUGAAGGAUAAAGCUAAGACUUGGUUUAAUAGUCUUAGACCUUAUAGUAUCAGAAAUUGGGGUGAUCUACAAUCAGUGUUUUUGCAGAAAUUCUUUCCAACACAUAGAACCAGUGCAUUGAAAAAGGAGAUCUCGAAUUUCAAGGCUAUGGAGGAUGAGAAAUUUUUUGCAUGUUGGGAAAGAUUCAGGGAGAUUGUUGCAGCUUGCCCCCAUCACGGAUUUGACAACUGGAUGCUAGUUUCGUAUUUCUAUGAAGCAUUUCAAUUCCUUGAUUAUGUUGCUGAGGUAUCUAGAAGUUGGGAUGAACCAAUCGUCAAGGAACCAUCUAGAGAUAGAACAAUGAACAGGGCAAGAGCUAGUGGCGUGUAUACCUUACCAGAGGGUUUAGAUGUCCAAGCAAAGCUAGCAACCGUUAUGAGAAGGUUGGAUGAUUUGGAAACCAAGGGAGUUCAAGAGAAAGGAAAAUUCCCAGCUCAACCACAGAAAAAUCCGAGAGGAGUAAAUGAAGUUUCUGAAGUGCAAAAGGAAGAUUGCAAUGCCGUUAUCACACUCAGAAAUGGGAAAGAAUAUGAAGGGCCCAAGUUACCUGUAAGUGAAGAUAUUCCUGCUAGAGAUGAACCAGCUGUGGAGAAAAAUGUUAGAAAUGAGAAAGCAUCUGAAAAAUAUGAGGAAGUCAUUGUGAGCAAAAAUAAAAUGAGUGUUUCCAAUCAUUUGCCUUUCCCUUCAGCUAUGCAGAGACACAAAGUGGGGGAUAAGACUUUAGAGAUUUUGGAAGUUUUGAAGCAAGUGAAGAUCAACAUUCCACUCCUUGAUAUGAUCAAGCAAGUUCCUGCUUAUGCAAAGUUCCUCAAAGACUUAUGCACUGUGAAGAGAAGGAUUAAAUUAAGCAAGAAAGCAUUCCUCACCGAGCAAGUCAGUGCCAUCAUUGAGAAUAAAGCAAUAGUGAAGUACAAAGAUCCAGGUUGUCCUACCAUCUCAGUCCAGAUUGGAGAUUCAUUCGUGGAAAGGGCUUUGUUAGAUUUGGGAGCUAGUGUGAAUUUGCUUCCAUAUUCAAUCUAUAAGCAAUUGGGAUUGGGAGAGCUUAAGGCUACUACCAUUACACUCUCUUUAGCAGAUCGUUCGAUUAAAGUACCUAGAGGAGUAGUCGAAGAUGUUUUGGUGCAAGUUGAAAAGUUCUACUACCCAGUGGACUUUGUGGUGUUAGAUACAGAACCAUUGAAAAAGGGUAUGAAUUCUGUUCCAAUUAUUCUUGGGAGACCCUUCCUUGCUACAGCCAAUGCUCUCAUUAACUGUCGAAAUGGAUUGAUGCAAUUAUCUUUUGGGAACAUGACAGUGGAAAUGAAUGUCUUCAAUUUAUGCAAGCAACCAAUGGACCAUGAUGAUGUGGAAAAUGAGGAAGCAUGCCUUAUAGAGGUUUUGGUGCAAGAACACACAGAAAAGUUAAUGGAAGAAAAUAUAGAUGAAUUUUUCUCUACAAUCGUUAAGAAAGAAUGUGUUCAAGUUGCUACAGAAUGGAAAGAAAAAUAUACGAUUCAAUCUUUGAACAGUGUUGAGAAUGAUGAAGAAAGCAAAAAGGAAGAGGUUGAGAUCAGCAAACCAGAGUUAAAGCCCCUGCCACAUGGUUUAAAGUAUGUUUAUUUAGAGGCAAAUGAAGAAAAACCUGUGGUAAUUUCAGCUACAUUAACUGAAGAGCAAGAAAUGAAACUUUUGAAGGUGCUUAAAGAGAAUAAAAGAGUGAUUGGUUGGUCCAUUUCAGAUUUGAAAGGGAUAAAUCCCUUGAUUUGCACGCAUCAUAUUUAUUUGGAAGAGAAUGCAAAACCAGUAAGGCAACCACAAAGAAGGCUAAAUCCCCUUAUGCAAGAUGUAGUCAGAAAUGAGGUAUUGAAGCUUUUAGAUGCAGGUAUUAUUUAUCCUAUCUCUGACAGUAGUUGGGUGAGCCCCACUCAAGUAGUACCUAAGAAAAGCGGGAUAACUGUGAUGAAGAAUGAUGAAGGAGAGCUCAUUCCUACAAGGUUGACUACAGGUUGGCGAGUAGAUCCAGCAAAAAUUGAGCUCAUCUCAAAGCUACCUUCGCCUACUACUGUUAAAGAGGUGAGACAAUUUUUGGGACAUGCAGGUUUUUAUAGAAGGUUCAUACAAGACUUCUCAAAAAUCGCUCAACCUCUUUGUGCUUUACUACUUAAGGAUGCAGAAUUCAUAUGGACUAAAGCAUGUCAAGAAGCUUUCAAGAGGCUAAAGUCACUCCUCACUACUGCGCCAAUUGUGAGAUCUCCAAAUUGGUCUCUCCCAUUUGAGUUGAUGUGCGAUGCUAGUGACUAUGCAGUGGGAGCUGUACUAGGUCAAAGGGAGGAUGGAAAACCAUAUGUGGUGUACUAUGCUAGUAAAACCCUCAAUGAUGCUCAGAAGAACUACACAACUACUGAAAAGGAGCUCCUUGCAGUGGUGUUCGCACUUGAUAAAUUCAGGAACUACCUUUUGGGAACUUCAAUAGUAAUUUUUACUGAUCAUUCGGCCUUGAAAUAUCUACUCAACAAAAAGGAUGCCAAAGCAAGACUUAUCAGGUGGAUCCUUCUCCUUCAAGAAUUUAACAUUCAAAUCAAGGAUAAGCAAGGGGUAGAGAAUGUGGUUGCUGAUCAUCUUUCCCGAGUUAAAGUAGAGUCACAUUUCGAGGAAGCACAAAUUAAUGAUGAGUUUCCUGAUGAUGCACUUUGUGCAGUGGAGAAGUUGCCUUGGUUCGCAAAUAUAGUCAAUUACUUGGCAACCGGAGAGCUUCCAUCAGAAUGGAACAUGGAAACAAAGAAGUAUUUUCUUUCACGAGCAAAACACUAUGCUUGGGAUGAUCCAUAUUUGUAUAAGUUUUGCCCAGAUCAAAUUAUGCGGAGAUGUGUUCCAGAGGAUGAACAACAAGACAUAUUGCGAAUGUGCCAUGAAGGAGCUUGUGGAGGUCAUUUUGCUUCAAGGAAGACUUCAACAAAAAUUCUACAGAGUGGAUUCUAUUGGCCAACUAUGUUCAAGGAUUGUAACACUCAUUGCAAAAGUUGUCCACAAUGUCAACAACUGGGGAAAAUCAACACAAGGUAUCAAAUGCCUCAAAAUCAUAUUUGUGUUGUUGAGGUCUUUGAUUGUUGGGGCCUAGACUUUAUGGGACCAUUCCCUCCUUCUUUUGGUAAUCUCUAUAUUUUGGUGGGAGUGGAUUAUGUCUCUAAAUGGGUAGAAGCAGUGGCAUGCAAGAGCAAUGAUCACAAAGUGGUGCUCAAAUUUUUAAAGGAGAAUAUUUUCUCUAGGUUUGGCAUUCCGAGAGCAAUCAUUAGUGAUGGAGGUUCACACUUUUGUAAUAAGCCUUUUUCCACUCUUUUGCAGAAAUAUGGAGUGAGGCAUAAAGUGUCCACCCCAUAUCACCCUCAAACGAAUGGGCAAGCUGAGCUAGCAAAUCGGGAAAUUAAGAGAAUCCUCACCAAAGUAGUCAAUACUACAAGAAAAGAUUGGUCUACCAAGUUGAGUGAUGCACUUUGGGCAUAUAGGACAGCCUAUAAGACUGUCCUUGGCAUGUCACCGUACCGAAUUGUUUAUGGUAAAACAUGUCAUUUGCCUGUAGAACUCGAACAUCGUGCAUAUUGGGCUGUAAAGAAGAUGAACUUUGAUUCGGAUCAAGCUGGAGCUAAAAGGAAAUAUGAUUUGAAUGAACUUGAGGCAUAUCGAAAUGAGAGUUAUGAAUGCCUACGUAAUGCAAGGGAAAAACACAAAUUCUACCAUGACAAGCUUAUUUUACGAAGGGAGUUCAAGCAAGGUGAAAAGGUGUUGUUGUACGACUCCAAGCUUCACAUUUUUCCAGGAAAGCUUAAGUCAAGGUGGAAUGGCCCUUAUGUGGUAAAGGAAGUCUUCCCUUAUGGCACUGUGACCAUUCAAAAUCCGAGGACAGGUAAUGAAUUCAAAGUUAAUGGUCAGCGCCUAAAGCAUUUCAUUGAAAGAUUUGAGACACAAGAGGAGAAUCUCCAUUUUCUUGAUGGGGAUGUUCAAAAGGGUUGAAGCAUUUUCUGAAA